CAUCACAUCACAACACAACACAACACGCUCUCUCUCUCUCUAGCUAGCUCCGUCGCUGUUUUUUGUCUCUCUUCAAGCGACCUAAUCGAAGCGUGGCAAUGGUUGUUCUGAGCACUUUGGCGUUGGUGAGAGCCGCUUACUCGCUGAACAGUUUCGUCUUUGAAGCGGAAGACAUCCGAUUCGGUUCGCCGUGGUGGUUCGUAGUCGUCGGUGUGGCGUGUUUCCUCGUUCUCUUCGCUGGGAUAAUGUCGGGACUCACGCUUGGGCUAAUGUCCCUUGGUCUCGUUGAGCUUGAGAUUCUCCAGCAGAGUGGUUCCUCCGCCGAGAAAAAACAGGCCGCUGCUAUUUUGCCUGUGGUUAAGAAGCAGCACCAACUUCUUGUGACUCUACUUCUAUGCAAUGCAGCUGCCAUGGAGGCUCUUCCUAUAUGCCUGGAUAAGAUAUUCCACCCUUUCGUGGCUGUUUUACUUUCAGUUACUUUUGUUCUUGCUUUUGGAGAGAUAAUUCCGCAAGCUAUAUGCUCCAGAUACGGCCUUGCUGUUGGCGCUAAUUUUUUGUGGCUGGUUCGCAUUUUGAUGAUUGUCUGCUAUCCCAUUGCUUACCCUAUCGGAAAGGUUCUUGAUGCUGUUAUUGGGCAUAAUGACACACUAUUUAGGCGAGCUCAGCUGAAAGCCCUUGUCUCAAUUCACAGCCAGGAGGCUGGUAAGGGAGGUGAACUGACACACGAGGAAACAAUGAUUAUAAGCGGAGCCUUGGAUUUGAGCCAGAAGACUGCUGAGGAAGCAAUGACGCCAAUUGAAUCAACAUUUUCGCUAGAUGUAAAUACAAAGUUAGACUGGGAAACAGUUGGAAAAAUACUUUCGCGAGGUCAUAGCCGAAUCCCGGUCUACUUGGGGAAUCCGAAAAAUAUCAUUGGGCUUCUAUUGGUUAAGAGUCUUCUCACUGUACGAGCUGAGACAGAGGCACCUGUAAGUUCGGUUUCCAUCAGGAAGAUCCCAAGGGUUCCAUCAGACAUGCCAUUGUACGAUAUCCUCAAUGAAUUUCAAAAGGGAAGCAGUCACAUGGCUGCAGUUGUCAAAGUUAAAGACAAAGAUAAAAAGAACAACAUGCAGUUGCUGAGUAAUGUCGAAACACCUAAAGAAUAUAUGAAGUUUUACCAGAGUAGUAAUCUAACGACUCCUUUGCUGAAGCAUGAAUCCCAUGAUGUUGUUGUUGAUGUUGAUAAUGUACCAAAGCAUGUGAAAAACAGGGGAAGAAAUUUCCAACAGAACGGUAUUGUGACAAGAGACUUGCCGUGUUUGUUGGAAGAUAACGAGGAUGCAGAAGUGAUUGGCAUCAUCACCUUAGAGGAUGUCUUUGAAGAACUUCUACAAGCAGAAAUCGUAGAUGAAACUGAUGUUUACAUUGACGUACAUAAAAGGAUACGUGUGGCGGCGGCUGCAGCAGCUGCUGUAUCAUCCAUAACACGUUCUUCACCAGCGGAGGUUCAAAGCAAGGUAGGACAAACCGUGAAGAAAAAGCUUGUUGGGAGAGAAGCUCGCAGUACAAAAAAUUACACAACAAAAGUCACGGAGACUCUUUUCGCGGAAUCAGAUAGAUAGUGUUUAGCUUCUAUUGCUAAUUUAAGGUUGAAGGUUCAACGUCAUGUCUCUUAGGACUUACUUUGUUGUAUGUUGUGUGUGUCAAUACGAAGUUGGAAUAAGAAAAGUAAAGAGUUUUGUAUCUUUCUAAAUCAAUAGAAUGGUACAUACCGGUUUGAUCA